AUGGCGUCCAAUCCAUCUCUGACCGACCCGCCGUUCACCACCAUCCCGGGAGUAUCGCCUACCGCACCCAUCUCCGCUCAAGUGGAGCAGAUUGACCAACUCAACACUCUUUUGCUGCAAGAGAUUGAUGCAAACUUUGCCAAAUUCCACACCAUUAUCACCUCCAAAGUCUUGCCUGAAUUCAAGCGUUUCGCGAUCGCCAGUGAACCGGUUCGAGAAGCUGCGCAGUUCUGGAAUUCCUUCUUUGAAGCUGCUUCAGCUAUCAGAGUACACGUACCGGGAGAUACGACCACGACGAAUGAGACUCGAUCGAAUCUUUCUGACAGCGGAGGAGAAGAUGAUGGUGACGAAGAACAUGAUCGAAUAGCAGAUGAAACGAUUCGAAUUGAGGGAGAUCCAUAUCUUUCUCGAGCUCAAGCCGAAGGAUCCUUCAUGUUCCACGAUGGAGAUCAUGUCUCGUCAACACCUGUACCUGGAGGUAGAGCGAGUUCUCGCUCGAAACGGAAUCAACAGGUCGAAGAUGACUAUGACGAUACGCUGGAAUCACCUUUCGAGACGGUCGAAAGGAAAUUGGAUGGAUUGAAACUUGGACCACAGAAUGAGAGCUCUGAUCUGCCUACGCCAUCACUGCCUUCAGGCUAUACGAUGCCUGUCUUUGACAUCCGACGAGAUGAUCUGGAUAUCGGAGAUGUCUCUACGGGUACUGUCGAACGCGAUCUGCCUUCUGAGCCAUCUCGACCCACUGGCCCAUUCACCACCACGACCUCCAAGGGAGGCUCAAGUUCGCGGAAGUCAGGACCUUCAGGCACCACGCCUAGAGCCGCUCCAACGCAACGUCCGACAGGGGUCACAGACCUUCGUACCACGCCUCUGAACCAUAAAUUCAAGAUGAAGAAGCCCAAGCAAUCGAUCGCUAACACCAUCAUCGCCGAGAUGAGCGAUCUCGAUCACGAGUUUCCAAGCUCCCCACCAGUCACGAUGAGCUGGCAGCUUCCUCCCAGGACACAGGCAAUAAUGAACGUCGGCAGGACGCCAGUGAAAUCGAGUACGCAAUCUGGCGCAGUAGGAGAUGCCAAAGGCAAGGCUCGGGAAGUGGACGGAGCAAGGAGGAUCAUUGACGAUCUGAUGGAAGAGCUUCAGACGAGUUAUUCGCCAAAAGUUGCUACUCCAGAUAUCUUCAGGAGAUACUCUGUCGUGCCGGAGGCAGUCGAGGGAGAGGGUAAAAUAUUGUUCCAAGGUGAUCAUCAUCUUCAUCAUCAAGCUGGGAAAAGCGGUAUACCCGCCUCGACCGCGAUGUCGGGACCUAAUCCUACCACUGGUCGUCUGUCUCAACCUGGUCGAUCGAGUCGACGAUCAAUUGCCAACACGUCCUUCGGUUCAGAUAUCGUCGAUGAGCCCCACGAACAGCCAACGCCCAUCACGGACGAAUCAUUUGACGAGGAAGAUUCAGCGGAUAUCGAUUCAGUGUUUGGAGGUGGCGGUACCAUUCAACAGAUGCCGGGUAUGGCUCAUCACAGUGAUUUACUGGGCAAUGACAGCUUCGAUUCAUCACCUGGGUCUGUCCGUGGUGGAGGAGGACACCAUGGACAUCCAGACGAUGACGAUCACAACGAUAUGAUCACAACUCGAUCCGAAGCUGGAAUGAUCUUCGGUCACGCAGAUACUAAAGCCAAUGUCCAAGGUCCAGGUGCAAAGCGUCCGACUGGAUCCGGAGCUUUCAACCUCCAUAAACAGGACGAAAUGAGCACGUUUCAUGGAGGUCAAUUACUGGAUGCGGCGGGAAGAGAAGUCAGGCAUAGUCCGCUCGUGGUAGGUAGAGGAGGGUUGAAGAGUGACGGAGCGGAUCUCUUCAAUGGCAGGCUCGCGAAAUAG